AUGGGGCCGGAAGCACGCCCGGAUCCCAGAACGAGUGCGAUAUGGGGGUUGUGGUUCGAAGCCGGGAAAGCAUUACCACGGCCAUCGAGUAAUGAGAGGCACCACCUACCAAAACUUGUGUCUCUUCUUUCUUUCCGCUACUGCGUAGGUAGCCGACUCCAGUCCCUCACCAAGCAACUUCCAGAAGCUACGCCGUUGUCUGUACUUUCCAGGGUGUACCGGAACCACGCCUGCUACAGCGCAACCAAUAGCAGGCCGGGAUCGAUGACAUGGUCACUGAAUCGGGCGAUGCAUCAACGAGACGGGGACUUCUGGAGCCGUACUGGAGCAAUUCUCCAAAAGAGGGGCCGCCCUGGGCGGGUCCUGGAACGGGACUAUGGCGGGCAGGCCCUCAGUCCAUUCCGUCUCAACUCUCAAGGCAAGUCUUUGUGUCCAUGUCUCAUGAGCGGGAAAGAAAACUUGGAAGGCGCUGAUGUAUCCGUAGUGGACCUGAGGAGAGAAUCUGAGAAAGAGAACGACCUGGAAGAAAGAUUACUAGGGCCUCCCCAAAAAUUUUUCCUCAUCUUUGGCAACUUUAUUACCCUUCUCAGUCUAACCUGGAAAGCACCCACGCCGCAGUCACUCACGGCGAAAACCUAUGCAACCAAGCCCUGUAAUGCCGCCAUUCCAUUGUCUCCCAAGGCGUCCAGGACAUCAAGAGCGGUCACGAUAGAGACGACAUGGGGAGGUAGUCGUACAUCUCCACUCCGUACGCUCACUGCCUGUCAAAUACGAACCUACCUAGGUACCCUGACGGGCUUGACCUGCCAUCACAUCAUCAAAUCAGACCGAGACAUCCGCCCAUGGAUAUCGGGGUGUCUGCGCCUCCCUCCAUACCGAUCCCUCAUGCCUAUCUGGACGGACACAGAUGCUUGCCCGGCUCGGACCAUGGCAUCAGAUAAGGGCACCUUGAUGAGUCCGACUUUCCCCCGGCGCAAAUCAAUGUCUCCACAUACUGUCAACUGGCGCGUCGUCAGGUUGGUGAUCGGAGUCAAUCCCGAUGUCACAAUACUCUCCGAACCCUGUGCAAACUUUUUCUGGCUCAGAGCUCCACACGACUCGCAAACAGCCCACCGCUUCGUUAUUACGUCCAAAGCUCGAGCCUCCGGACCAUGCCACUACCGAUACCAAAUGGGCAUGACCUUACGGAUACUUCGUACACAUACGUCUGUCCACGAUGCUCGACCAGGUUCUCGCGGUAUCUCUCAGACUCCCAGGCAGAAGAAUCAUCGAAUAUCGCAAUUCUACGCCAUGAUGGGCAAAUUCAUCUGGGCUCUAGCCUCUAGCCUCACUCUCUGCAGGUCUGAGAUUAGCCUCUUCGCUGAGCUACCCGUGCCACGCUCCCACCGGUUACAGCGCUUGCUGCAUCACCCGGGAGCGUCAAGUAACCGCCUUCGCGGAGGCGCACCCACGUCUAAUUCAUAUUUGUUCGAGACUGACGCUGGUAAUGCCAUUGGUCAUGGGAGCGUCGUUGUUAUCAGCCAAUUAUGCUGUCUCCACAGAAUUCCGACACCCUCAAAAACCGAAGAAUGGCCUAGGCCAAGCCGCAGGAUUCAAACGCAACCCAGCGGGGGAUCCCUAAAGGCUAACGCGGACUUUGAGGCGGAACCUGCUUCUGCUGAAAGUCUAGACUGCCUUGGGACGAAGCUCAACUCCCUUCUGAAUGCGAGCAGUCAACCUCAAUCUAGCUAUCGGAACUCGGGAGGCGCCAGUAUCCGUAAUCUGAUUGACAAAGAGCUGAGACGACAGCACCGCAUUUUCCUCAUUACGUACAAAUGGAGCCAAGCAAACGUCCCAGACGACCACCAUGCCGUCAUCAAGCGAACCAACUGGCGUUCCGUACUGCUCAUAAGCCAACGUUUCCCCUCCCUCUCCGAAGUGGGCAUCUCCGCGGAGGAGCCUGCAAAUCUCCAAAUUUACGCGACCAAGAAGCUUGUUACUGCGUGCGGUCUGGCCGUCGCCAAAGGAACUCGGCUUUUUGCCUCAAGGGACAAGCGCCACUGGUCCCCCAGCUGCUCCAGCCUCCAGAUACCUACUGCUACUAAUGCAAACAGCCCCCGCUUCGGCACCGUUGCGCGCCAGCUCCCUCGUCGGCAACUUCGCGCCCUUGAACGAAGAGUGUAUGGAGACGAUGCCGGCGAGACGUACACAUGUAGGACCGAAACACGCCCUAGAUGGCUUGCCGUUGUCGAAGACGACAUUGUUGGGAUUCCAUACGCACGUCGCCGCCGGCCACUUCCACCGGCCCACCAAAUUUACGUUAUAGUAUUCACUAUGUGUCGACCGCCGAGAGAACCCCUCAUCGAGCUGGCAGGGUCCAAUUCCCCGGAGGACGGCCGCUCAUCGCACACCAUCGGUCCAGCCAGAUGUUUAGAUAUUGGCGCGGACCCGAAGGAGAAGGAAAAUCCGGGGUCUAUUGUGAAUUGCUCUAGCCAGAUCCAUCAGGGCAAUAGACUGCUAUCCCCCACGGGCCCAUCGUGCUUGUGGGCACCGAUAUCGCGUGUUGAGGAGAGAAAACUUCACGAGGCCCAGUUGGCACCUAAGCGAGCCAGUUACUGUACUAGGGCCGGAGGUAUUGGUGGAGGGGCUUCAUGUCCAAGAGGAGGAGCUUCUUUUGGAGGAGCUCGCGGAGCCGCAGCCCCAUGUACCCCUUCUGGGUCGGCCGAGCGCGAGUACGAUGCUUGUGUGCCCCAGAUCAGCUCCGUUCAGCUGCCAAGUCUUUUGAUAUAUAGGCCUGGGAGCUCGCUGUGCUCAUCAGCUUGA